GGCGGCUCUGGUGUAGUUGCUGAGCUCGUCUUCUGCCGUGUGCUUUCGGUUUGCGCGAGAAAGAAGAUGCCGGAUCCAGCCAAGUCUGCCCCCGCGCCCAAAAAGGGCUCGAAGAAGGCGGUGACGAAGGCGCAGAAGAAGGACGGCAAGAAGCGCAAGCGCAGCCGCAAGGAGAGUUACUCGGUGUACGUGUACAAGGUGCUGAAGCAGGUGCACCCCGACACGGGCAUCUCGUCCAAGGCCAUGGGCAUCAUGAACUCGUUCGUGAACGACAUCUUCGAGCGCAUCGCGGGCGAGGCGUCGCGCCUGGCGCACUACAACAAGCGCUCGACCAUCACGUCGCGGGAGAUCCAGACGGCCGUGCGCCUGCUGCUGCCCGGGGAGCUGGCCAAGCACGCCGUGUCCGAGGGCACCAAGGCCGUCACCAAGUACACCAGCUCCAAGUAAGGGUGUGGAAGAGACGCAGCGCUUCGACUUGUUAACCCAAAGGCUCUUUUCAGAGCCACCUAAAUUAUCAGAAAAGCGCUGUAAGUCUUGCCUGGGUUGAGGUGUGAGCACCACCCCAAAUAUAUUUUGGGUGGAACCUUUUAGCCUUUUCUAAUGUGUUAUGAGCAUGUCAAUUUAAUGUUUCAUGCCUCCAGAGAACGUCACCCACCUCUCACUUCCAUGAGAUAUUUGGGAAUAAAGAUCUUUGUGUGUGAUGUGGAA